UCAAGCAGAAACACUCUGUGGGGCAGGAUCAUGCCGGACCAGAUCACCGUGUCGGAGUUCAUCGCCGAGACCACAGAGGAUUACAACUCCCCGACCACCUCCAGCUUCACCACCCGCUUGCAGAACUGCAGGAACACGGUCACGCUGCUGGAGGAGGCAUUGGAUCAAGACAGAACUGCACUACAGAAAGUGAAAAAAUCUGUAAAAGCAAUAUAUAGUUCGGGACAAGAUCAUGUUCAAAAUGAGGAAAACUAUGCACAAGUACUAGACAAAUUCGGAAGUAAUUUUUUAAGUCGGGAUAAUCCAGAUCUUGGCACAGCCUUUGUAAAAUUUUCCACACUUACUAAAGAAUUAUCAACACUGUUGAAGAACCUGCUCCAGGGUUUAAGCCACAAUGUUAUUUUCACUUUGGAUUCUCUCUUAAAAGGAGACUUAAAAGGUGUUAAAGGGGACCUCAAAAAGCCUUUUGACAAAGCCUGGAAAGAUUAUGAAACCAAAUUCACAAAGAUCGAAAAGGAGAAAAGAGAACAUGCGAAGCAGCACGGGAUGAUAAGAACUGAGAUAACAGGAGCUGAGAUAGCAGAGGAAAUGGAGAAGGAGAGGCGGCUGUUUCAGCUACAGAUGUGUGAAUAUCUUAUUAAGGUUAAUGAAAUCAAGACAAAAAAGGGUGUGGACCUUCUGCAGAACCUUAUUAAAUAUUACCAUGCACAAUGCAAUUUCUUCCAAGAUGGCUUGAAAACAGCUGAUAAACUUAAACAAUAUAUCGAAAAGUUGGCUGCUGACUUAUAUAAUAUAAAGCAGACACAAGAUGAAGAAAAGAAACAACUUACAGCCCUUCGAGAUUUGAUAAAAUCUUCUCUGCAGCUUGAUCAGAAGGAGUCUAGGAGAGAUUCACAGAGCAGGCAAGGAGGGUACAGUAUGCAUCAGCUUCAGGGGAAUAAAGAAUAUGGCAGUGAGAAGAAAGGUUAUCUUUUAAAGAAGAGUGAUGGGUUAAGGAAAGUAUGGCAAAGAAGGAAGUGCACUGUUAAAAAUGGAAUUCUUACCAUCUCACAUGCAACGUCCAACAGGCAACCAGCUAAACUGAAUUUAUUGACCUGCCAGGUGAAGCCAAAUGCAGAAGAUAAGAAAUCUUUUGAUCUAAUAUCACAUAACAGAACAUACCACUUUCAAGCAGAAGAUGAACAGGAAUACGUAGCAUGGAUAUCAGUAUUGACUAACAGCAAAGAAGAAGCAUUAAAUAUGGCAUUCCGUGGAGAGCAGAGCACAGGUGAAAACAGUUUAGAGGAUCUGACAAAAGCCAUUAUUGAUGACAUACAGAGAUUACCCGGAAAUGAAGUCUGUUGUGAUUGUGGCUCACCAGAUCCAACAUGGCUAUCAACUAAUUUGGGCAUUUUAACCUGCAUUGAGUGUUCUGGAAUACACAGAGAAAUGGGUGUCCAUAUUUCUCGAAUCCAGUCUUUGGAAUUAGACAAAUUAGGAACGUCUGAACUCUUGCUGGCCAAGAAUGUAGGAAAUACUAGUUUUAAUGAUAUUAUGGAAGGGAAUUUACCUAGUCCUUCACCUAAACCAGGUCCAUCAAGUGAUAUGACUGCACGUAAAGAAUUUAUCACUGCUAAAUAUGUAGAUCAUAAGUUCUCUAGGAAGACUUGUGCAUCUGCAGCAGCUAAACUGAGCGAAUUACUUGAGGCUGUCAAAUCCAGGGAUUUACUUGCACUAAUUCAAGUCUAUGCAGAGGGGGUAGAGCUAAUGGAGCCACUGCUGGAGCCUGGACAGGAGCCAGGUGAAACAGCACUUCAUUUAGCAGUCCGGACUGCUGACCAAACCUCUCUCCAUCUGGUUGACUUCCUUGUACAAAACUGUGGAAACCUGGACAAACAAACAGCAUUGGGUAAUACAGUUCUUCACUACUGCAGUAUAUAUAAUAAGCCUGAGUGUUUGAAAUUGCUUUUGAGGGGGAAGCCAACUAUUGAUGUAGUAAACCAAGCUGGAGAGACAGCUCUGGACACAGCAAAAAGAGUGAAAGCUGUCCAGUGCGAGGAACUGCUUUCUCAAGCCAAGGCAGGAAAGUUAAACCCACACGUGCAUGUGGAGUACGAAUGGAAUCUUCGGCAGGAAGAAAUUGAUGAAAGUGACGAUGACUUGGACGAUAAGCCUAGUCCUAUAAAAAAGGAAAGAUCUCCAAGGCCCCAAAGCUUUUGUCACUCCUCAAGCAUUUCUCCCCAAGACAAACUGACUCACCCUUCAUUUAGCACUCCCAGAGACAAGCAAAGGCUCUCCUAUGGAGCUUUUACCAACCAGAUCUUUGCUUCUGCAAGCACAGACUUACCCACCUCUCCAACAUCUGACGCUCCUCCUCUUCCUCCUAGAAACGCUGGCAAAGGUAAGUCUGGCCCACCUUCAACCCUCCCUCUAAGCACUCAAACCUCUAGUGGCAGCUCCACUCUUUCCAAGAAGAGACCACCUCCCCCACCCCCAGGACACAAAAGAACCCUCUCUGACCCACCAAGCCCACUACCUCAUGGACCCCAGAAUAAGGGCCCAAUUCCUUGGGGUAAUGAUUUGGGCCCACCUUCAACAAAGGCUGCAAACAAGUUUGAGGGGAUGUCUCAGCAGUCAAGCACUGGGACUGCAAAGACUGCACUUGGCCCUAGAGUUCUUCCCAAACUACCUCAGAAAGUGGCACUAAGAAAAAUAGAAACCAGUCAUCAUCUUUCAAUAGAUAAAUCCCAUCAGCACAUGGAAAUGUUUCAGAAGCCCUCACUGUCCAUCGAUAUACCACAGAAACCACAGCCUGGAGACCUGCCCCCAAAGCCUCUGCCUCUGGAAUUAACUCAGAAACCUCAAGUGGGAGAUUUACCCCCAAAGCCUGGAGAACUACCCCCAAAGCCUCAGCUAGCAGACUUGCCACCAAAACCACAGCUUGGAGACUUACCUCCAAAGCCACAAAUGAAGGACCUUCCUCCAAAACCUCAGCUAGGAGAGCUGUUGGCUAAAACUCAAGGUGGAGAAGCAGCAGCAAAGCCUCAGCCCUCAGAGGCAAAUCAAAAAUCUCACUCCAUAGAUCUUUCUCCAAACGUACAGUCCAGAGACACCGUCCAAAGGCAAGCAUCUGAAGAGUCUAAUGACAUAACACACACUCUGCCAGAAACCCCUGUGCCACUUCCCAGGAAAAUAAACAUGGGGAAAAACAAAGUUAGGCGAGUGAAGACCAUUUAUGACUGUCAGGCAGAUAAUGAUGAUGAACUCACAUUUGUUGAAGGAGAAGUAAUUAUUGUAACUGGUGAAGAGGACCAAGAGUGGUGGAUUGGCCACAUCGAAGGACAGCCAGAGAGGAAAGGCGUCUUUCCAGUGUCCUUUGUGCACAUUCUGUCAGACUAGUCAAAACAAACAAACAAAUCCUAAACUUGAGCAUUGCACAUCCUUCAUGCAAGACGGGCUUUUUAGCAAAAGCGAACGCUGCUGCCUCCCUGUAAUCCUGUGCACAAUUGUAUAUAUAGCUGCUGUUACAAAUUAAGAAUUCAUUUAAGUUUCACCUCAUGAGGUUGAAUUAUAUGUCUUGUAAAUAUACUGUGUUAUUCUGCCUUUGCCAGUAUUAUGGUAGCCUUGGAACCUGGCACGCCUUACCGGGUUUGUUGAAGCCAUCCUGGGCAUUUAGCACUUCCAUCUCUGUCCGUGCUGUCCCACACGUGUGGACUGCCAGCUUUCCAACAUAGGUGGUCUCUGUCACCCACGUAACUGUACAGAAAUGACUGUUCCUUAAUAACUUGGUAUUCUCAGUAUACAAUUAGAAGAAAGUUAGAAUGAGUGAAUGGUUUUGGACAAUUUAAAGAUCAGUCUGCAGUUCGUAAGUGUAUGCAGUUUACAGCUAUGAAACCCACUUCGAUAUUUAUUUAAUAUAGUACUCAGUUAAGUGUAAUUAUGAAGACAAAUAUUCACUGACUUUACAGGUAACAGUAAUGUUUUACAGUGUGCAUACAGCAUUUCAUGUUUAUAUUAUGUGGACCUAUGCCAAACUGUGAUUGCAGUUCCCCUGUGAUAUUACCUCACCAUAAAAAGUUACCAAUUUAUUUCAUUUGAAAACUUACUUUAAUGAAAAUUAGUCAUAUUGUUCUUUAGUAGAUAUGUGUGAAAUUUGCUGGUUUCUUUCACUGAAUUCUUAAUAACCAAGGACUUCUAGCAAAUGUUAACUGUUGACAUUGUGCAUGCAUUUAGAUGCUUACUUGAAACCUGCCUUUGUACAAAAGUAGUACUGUAGUCAUAUAGCUACAUUUGAGGAAAAGAACAUUUUAACUUAAUUGCUAUUCAGGUUAAUGUGAGCUUGCAACAGUAUUUGUUUAUAGUUAAAUUGGCUCUUUGAAAAAUGAUUUUGUGGAUUUUUUUUUCUUGUCUUCAACCUUGCUAAAAGUUAGUUGCCUAAAAUAAAUUUUUAAGUGGUGAUAUAAGGAUACAUUUAAAUU